UCAAUUAUUCAUGCCCUACUACAAAUUAACGUUUCUUCAACCAAUCCCUUUUCCAAUCGUAUCACAAUGUUUGACGGAUUGUUGAAAAGCAAGUUUUCUUCCAAAUGCAAGUCGGAUAUUAAGCUGACACGGGCACGAAUCGAGAUUAUAACGAAAAAGAGAAAUGCAACACAGAAAUAUCUGAGGAAUGAUGUUGCUGAUCUGCUUCGAAAUGGAUUGGAUACUAUCGCCUUUAACAGAGCUGAAGGGCUUCUUGCUGAUAUGAACAAGUCUCAGUGUUACAAGUUAAUCGAUCAGUACUGUGAACAUCUCUCGGAUAAUCUUCCUGCCAUGAACAAACAGAGUGAAUGCCCCAAAGAGUGCAGAGAAGCUGCAGCAUCGUUGGCGUUUGCAGCAGCAAGAUUUGCUGAUCUGCCAGAGCUGCGUGAGCUGAGGACGAUGUUUUCUGAGAAAUACGGGAAGUCCCUGGACUAUUACGUCAACAAACAGUUCACUGAGAUGUUGAAGGCGGAUCCUCCCUCAAAUGAUAUGAAGCUUCAGUUAUUGCAAGAAAUAGCUGCAGAAUCUGGCUUAAAUGCAUAUGAUAAGAGUGUGGAUAAAGUUAGGACAGCUGCGAAGCCUAAGGAGGCAGCAGCGCCCAAGGAGGAUGAUGAAGACGAGAGUGUGGUUGACAAUGCACUUACAGGUAAUAAGCCGAUGGGGAAAUCAGCAAGGACAAGACUCAUUAAACGUCCACCAGCGCAGGAGGUUGCUGUAGGUGAUGAGAAUGAGAAGGUGGUGAACAUAGAAAACGUGGCACAAGGUCGAAGGACCUUGAGAUUCUUUAAUGGUGGUGGCGGCCAUAGAGACGAAGAAGAGAAGACGAUGGACAGGCUUCUAAGGCACUACAGUAUGAAAAAGGGAUCAAAGAGAACCGACAAAUCAGAACAAGAGGCAAAGCUAAGGAGUCAAGAUGGUCCAACCAGAGCAUCGUCUCUUCCCGUCGAGCCAAUGGGUCCUACGGAGACUGAUCCUACGAAGCAUCCUCGGGCUGCAUCAUGCCAUCCGGACCUAAUGAAUGCCAACGUUCAUGUGCACCCCAAGCUGCCCGACUACGAUGAAUUUGUGGCUCGGCUUGCUGCUUUUAGAGAAAAAUGAGCCUGCAUAAUAAUA